CCCUCCCUCCCUCCCUCCCCCAUCACGACCCCCGAUUAAAAAUGACUCGAAAGGGAUCGGAUGGACAAACGAUCUCCUCGUGUCCGCCACGAUACUCGGAUACUUGAACGUUCCCCGUUGUGCCUCGUGAUCGUACACACACGUGCGCGACGCUCUCUCGAAUCGUCCUCCCGAUAUCCACGCGCUCUCCACGAUCACCCCCUUGCCUGCAUGCUCGGUGGUGCGGUGUGCCAGUGUGUCCCGUUGGUGGUAGUGGUCGCGAGUGCGCACGCGACGACCGGUGGUGAAUGAUCCUGACUCCGGGCUGACAAAGGUUUUCGUACACGAAUACUGGGAUGACGUCCGCUUCGGAUUACGCGCUCUCUUCACGAUCUCGUCGCUCUACAUCGUCUAACGCGCAACCAAAUGUUACCACAGCUUGCCGUUUUAGCGAAGAUUUUGUGCCUCCUGAUGGUGGUGAUGUGCGGGGCGGUGCCGGCAAUGGUGCGCUCCGUGAGUCUCUACUCGACUUGCAGCAGCGGCAAUGUUACCGUGAUGGGCCGUUUGAUCAAGGCCGUGGAACGCACCGAUCACAAUGCCCCUUACCAAAAACUUACGACCCAGUCCGAGGACUUCAGUAAAAUGUUGUACAUCUUCGCCGAGAAGAGCCAGCGAUACAUCUGCUUCAACAAGAAAUGGAAACUCGUCGGCCUGCUUAAGAAGCAAAAGGGUUAUUGUCAGUUCUACGAGGAGUACAACGGCUCGUAUCUGACGUACAGAAACGUGAAUAAUUCGCGGUAUCUCGGGUUCAACAAGUCCGGGUACCCGAUCAAGAAUCGCGGCCGGCAGGAGUGCUUCAAUUUCAUCAAGUACAAUCCCCACGCGGACAUAAAUCACCACAACAGCCUGGUGAACGCGGACAUGGGCGGCAUGGGGCCUAGGGAUCCGUACGUUGUGUCGAGGAAACCGUCGCCCGCGAGGGACACGAAGAACUCCCUGUUGCAGGCGGACAGCACGAGGGAGACGAUCCACACGACGCAUCAUUAUCGGCACUCGAAUCGUUGGAAGAUGCAACGCGAGAAGAUGUCCGCACCGCGAAGAUGGCACGAGAGCCGUCUCUUCGAGGCCAACAAGUAUUGAGCCGCGCACUGGCUCGCCGAUCAAGACUGCCUCAUCUACAUCUGUGAGAACCUGAGAUCAGACUGCCAAAUACGCUGGUGGAACGUACGGUCGAGAUGUCAGGAACCCACUAACGCGGCACCACGUGAAACGCGGCUCGAAGCACGCGCCUCGAUUGAUCGCAACGAACAAAAGCUGGCUGGCUCGCCUCGUGUCUCCUGCUCGCUUGGGUACACGCACACACACAUACACAUACACAUAUACGUAUACACAAAAAUACCCGCACACGCAUACACACGGAUACACACACGACCAACCGCAUCUCGCUAUACGGACGACAAGCAACAACGAAAAUUCUACGUUCGCUCGAGAACGCAGAAACGGAGCGUACCGAGUUGCAGGAAGACAGUCUUGUUGGCUAGAGCUUUCGUUACGCGUCGUUAAAUUCCAUUUCACACUUGCCCCCGACUGAAUCCUUUCAGGCAAGUAUGCAUACGAUAUAUAUAUAUAUAUAUAUAUCCAUAAUUUCCCUUUCGUUCCAUCGCUAAAUUUUUGAUACUAUUAGUUGGAGGUGGUCGAUUAACGAACUUACCCGUACUGCUCGUUUCUUAUUUCAUUAUUUCACCGAUUAUCUCUCUCGAUCGUUCUCGUUGUCUCGUUUCCAGAAAAAAGAAAAAAGAAAAAAAAGAAAAAAAAA